ACCUCAGCUCCGUUUUUCAAGUAUUCUUUUGAUAAAAAUCUUGUCUGGUGACCCUCUUGUUUCUCCUUCUUGGGUACUCAUAUUUUCCAUCCAAAUAUGAUGAAAAUAGGUGGUGUUCUUGUUUGUCUUUUGAUUGUUUCCAUGGAUGUUGGAGCAGGAAUUCUUGGCAUCCAAGCAGAAGUUGCACAGAACAAGGUUAAUCAGUUGAGGCUCUGGAUAUUUGAAUGUAGACAACCAAGCCGUGAUGCUUUCAAGCUGGGGUUAGGUGCAGCAGCUCUUCUGGUUCUAGCCCAUGUUAUUUCUAACUUACUUGGCGGUUGUAUGUGCGUCUGUUCCCAAGAGGAGUUCCAGAAAUCUUCACCUAACAGGCAACUAUCUGUGGCGUGUUUCAUUUUCUCUUGGGUAGUAUUAGCCAUUGGAUUAUCAUUGCUGGGGAUUGGUAUAUUAUCAAAUAACAAAUCAAGAGCAUCCUGUGGCUUCACACACCACCAUUUCCUGUCCAUUGGAGGCAUUGCCUGCUUUGUUCAUGCUCUCUUCUGCGUUGCCUAUUAUGUUUCUGCCACUGCUGCUAACGAAGAAAAGUAACAUCGUUUUUUCAAACUUUACUAUCUAAUCUUUAAUAUUUCUUUUAGGCUCCAAUGUGACCCUUUUCUCGGGUUCAGAUUAAAAAUAGAUGUAACGAUAUGUUUGGAUGACAUUAUUACGCUCUCCAUCUAAUACUGCUCUUCUUUUGUCUAUUAGGCAAAGGGAAAUUAUAAUUAAAAUAUUAUGUCAUAU